CAGGGGCAGGCGCAGGCGCAGCGCAGGCGGCGGCGGGCGCGCGUGUCGCCGGACUGUACUUGUGUGGGGAGUAAGAACACCGCACCAUCUUUACAGAAGCUUUUGACCACACACUAAAAUGGUAGUUUUCACAUGCAAUGCAUGUGGAGAGUCGGUGAAGAAAGCACAAGUUGAAAAACAUGUGAACAUUUGCAGAAGCUGUCAGUGCCUUUCUUGCAUGGACUGUGGCAAGGAUUUCUGGGGUGAUGACUACAAGGACCAUGUGAAGUGCAUAACUGAAGACCAGAAAUAUGGUGGUAAAGAUUUUGAAGCCAAAACUAACAAAGGGGAUGCUAAACAACAGGAAUGGAUUCAGAAAAUUCAUGAAGUAAUUAAGAAGCCAAACAUAAGCCCUAAAGUGCGGAACAUUUUGGAGCAAAUGCGUGCCUUUGAUAAUAUUCCAAGAAAAAAAGUAAAAUUUCAGAAUUGGAUGAAGAACAGCUUGAGAAUCACUGACAGCACUUUGCAAGACCAAGUGUGGGAUAUUUUUUCUGAAGCAACCAGAAAUAUUUCAAGUGAAAAAAAAGAAGACAAGCCACAACAGAAGGAAGAAGGCCAGUCUGUAGAAAGUGGGAAAAAAACAACUGGAGAAGAAAAUGGAAUUACAGAUGACAAAAUUGAGAGGAAAAAAAGUAAGAGAGAAAGAAAAGAAGAGAGACAAAAGAACAAAAAGAAGGAGAAAAAAGAACUGAAAUUAGAAAACCAGCUAGCAAGCUCAGAAACAAAAAAGAAUAAAAAGUCCAAAAAAGAAAAGGAAAGUAUGGAGAAUGAAUUUGAAAUGAAUGGAAAUGGCCAUCAAAGUGAAAUGGAAGAAGAAACAAAUGUAAAGAAACGCAAACGUAAACAUACAGAAGAGGGACAUCGUAUCGCAACAAAGAGAAUGAAAAAUGAAAAUACUUCAGGAGAUCUGGGAAUAGAAGAAAACACCAAUGCCAGUGAAGAAACUGUGGAAACAGAUAAAGGCAAAUUCAACUGGAAAGGAACCAUUAAAGCUGUUCUGAAACAGGCUCCAGACAAUGAAAUUUCUAUUAAAAAAUUAAGAAAAAAGGUUAUAGCUCAGUAUUAUGCAGUAGCUGGCGAACAUCACAAAUCAGAAGAGGAUAUUCUAGUCGUAUUUAAUAAGAAAGUCAGUAACAAUCCCAAAUUUAGAGUUUUAAAGGACAAAGUUAAACUUCUGAAAUAAGAAUUUUCAAAUGUUUUGUAACCUUUGCAUUUUAGACUUGCUGACUGAGUCAAAUUCUUCUGUCAGGUAUGCAAACACUGUUCAUUGGUCUUAUUUUAAAUUGUUUGUGUAUGUGAGAGCAGAAUUUAACUAGAAUUUAACUUUCUUGAAUUUUUUUAAGUUUAUCACAGAAUAUUUGGAAAGUGCUGCAUAUCUGUUUUCAGAUAUUUUAUUUUUUGAUUUUAUGGAAAAUGUCUAUUUUUUAUAUAACUUUCAAGAGGCAAUGAAAAUAAUUCCUGCCAACGGUAUUAAAAAUUCUUCCACUGAUGGAUAUAAUUUAAAGGUAAGAAUGUUCAUCAAAGCCUAGAUUGUGUGGCAUUUUUGCAGAAACUAUUGUAAGAGCAAAUAUGAUUUGCAUGUUCAAAAACUCACCAUGAAAUAAACGUUUUAUGUUACAAUUA